UGCCACGCCCCCUCCCCGCUCCCCCACCCUUCUGGCUGAUACUCUGGGUUAAAGAGCCCGCUCUCGGCCUUUUCUGCUCGGGUGGGCUUUGCGGGGGGCGAGCGCGGGCGCGGGGCUGGAGCCGCGGCGGCGGCUAGCUGGCGCCCUAGGGCGGCGACUGCGUCAGGUUCGGGGCGCGGAGCGGGGCGGGAGAGCCGCCGCGGCCGCUGCGCGAAACUCUUCGCCCGCCCGCGUGGCUUUGAGCGGGCGGGGUGGGAGGAGCCGCUCGGCGGAGGGGCCGACCGCCCUGGAGUCCCGCUCCGGCCGGUAACUUGGCGCAGCCCGCGCGGGACUCUCCUCGGCGGCAGGGCCGCGGCGCCGCCAGGGCCCGCGGGAUGGGGAGCGGCGGCGCCGGCGGGAAUGCGGCGGCGGGCGCCGGCGCCACCUGCCCCGCGUGCCGCUGCUGAGCCGAGCCGGGAGCCGGAGCCGCCCGCAGGAGCCGCCCGCCUGGGAUCGCACGCCGCGGCCGUUUCCGAGGAGUUACAGAGCCGGAGGAGCCGAGGAGUAGGAUGACCUCUCCUGUGGACCCCAGGAUUAAACAGGCGUUGCGGAAGAAGCCUGCGGAGAGGACCCAAGAGGACUUAAAUACUAUCUAUUCUUUCCUUCAUGGACUGGACAUACUCUCGCAUUUCAGGGAACAUCAACUAAGAAUAAUGUCAUCAAGUGCCCGCUAUGAGAGGUACAAGGGCAACCAAGUUCUCUUUUGCUCAGAAACUAUUGCAAGAUGCUGGUAUAUACUGCUUUCAGGAUCUGUGCUGAUGAAGGAUUCCAUGUUUUUACCACCUUGCAGUUUUGGCAAGCAGUCUGGAGGAAAACGGGGAUGCGAAUGUAUCAUACUGGAGCCUUCAGAAAUGAUUGUGGUUGAGAACUCCAAAGACAAUGAGGAAAGCAUCCUGCAGAGAGAGGUGCCCCUGCGGCAGUCGCGCCGAAGGUUCAGGAAGAUCAACCAGCGGGGGGAACGGCAGACCAUCACCGACAACGUCGAUGCCAGCAGUUACCUCUCGCUUCCAGCUGAUCUUACCAAGAUGCAUCUUACAGACAAUCCUCACCCUCAGGUGACUCACGUCCCUUCGAGCCAGUCCGGGUGCAGCAUCGCCAGUGAUUCGGGGAGCAGCAGCCUCUCGGAUAUUUAUCAGGCUACAGAAAGUGAGAUGGGAGAUGUUGAUUUAACAGGUCUUCCAGAAGCACCUGUAGACUCUGAAGAUGAAGAAGAAGAAGAAGAUGAGGAUAUUGACAGAACUUCAGAUCCACUUCUAGGGCGAGAUGUUGUACGAGAGUGCCUUGAGAAAGAGCCUGCAGAUAAAACAGAUGAUGAUAUUGAGCAAUUACUGGAAUUUAUGCAUCAACUUCCUGCCUUUGCAAACAUGACCAUGUCUGUAAGAAGAGAACUUUGUUCUGUGAUGAUAUUUGAAGUGGUAGAACAAGCAGGAGCCACCAUACUGGAAGAUGGGCAAGAACUUGAUUCUUGGUAUGUUAUUUUAAAUGGCACAGUGGAAAUCAGCUAUCCUGACGGGAAAAGCGAGAGUCUCUGUAUGGGUAAUAGUUUUGGGAUCACUCCCUCUCUGGACAAACAGUACAUGAAUGGCGUGGUUAGAACCAAAGUAGACGAUUGUCAGUUUGUGUGUAUAGCCCAGCAAGACUACUGGAGGAUUCUGAAUCAUGUGGAAAAAAACACUCAUAAAGUGGAGGAAGAAGGAGAAAUUGUUAUGGUAAAGGAACACAGAGAGCUGGAUCGCAGUGGGACCAGGAAAGGGCACAUAGUCAUCAAGGCAACACCUGAGCGACUCAUCAUGCAUUUAAUAGAAGAGCAUUCUAUUGUGGAUCCAACGUACAUAGAAGAUUUCCUUUUAACGUACAGAACAUUUCUAACAAGCCCCUUAGAAGUUGGGAAUAAACUCCUGGAGUGGUUCAAAGUGGACAGCCUCAGGGAUAAGGUUACCAGAGUAGUCUUACUGUGGGUGAACAACCAUUUUAAUGACUUUGAAGGAGAUCCUGCUAUGACUCGAUUUCUGGAAGAAUUUGAAAAAAACUUAGAGAAUACGAAAAUGAAAGGACAUCUCAGAUUGCUGAAUAUUGCUUGUGCUGCCAAGGCAAAAUGGAGACAAAUUACCCUGCAAAAACCUUCUAGAGACUCGCCGCUCUUUUUCAGCCUCCUUGGGGGAAGUGACAAAGGUUUUGGUAUUUUUGUAGAGACUGUAGAAAUGGGCAGUAAAGCAGCAGAAGCUGGACUUAAGCGUGGUGAUCAGAUAAUGGAAGUAAAUGGACAGAAUUUUGAGAACAUUACAUUUGUAAAAGCUCUGGAAAUUUUAAGGAACAAUACACAUCUCUCCAUUACUGUAAAAACAAACAUUUUUGUGUUCAAAGAGCUGCUUUGCAGGAUAGGACAAGAAAAGAAUGGAAUUCCACAUAUUCCCAAAAUCGCAGAGAAGAAAAACAACCGUUAUUCCAUCCCAGAUAUGCCUGGAGAUGUGGAGCAGAUGUUUCCACGUGAAAAGGGAAACAGGAAAAUCAAAGCAAACACUGUAUCUGGUGGGAGAAACAGAAUCAGGAAAAUUUUAGACAAGACACGGUUCAGCAUCUUGCCUCCAAAACUGUUUAGUGACGGUAGCGUGAGCCAGUCGCAGGACGACAGCAUCGUUGGGACGCGGCAGUGCAGGCACAGCCUGGCUAUCAUGCCCAUUCCUGGGACGCUCUCAUCCAGUAGCCCUGACCUGUUGCAGCCUACAACUAGCAUUCUGGAUUUCUCUAAUCCUUCAGCUGUUGGGUUUUACUAUAUUCCAGAUCAAGUAAUCAGAGUUUUCAAAGCAGAUCAACAGAGUUGUUACAUUAUCAUCAGCAAAGACACUACAGCCAAGGAAGUUGUGAGUCACGCUGUGCAUGAGUUCAACCUGACGGGAGCCCCGGACACCUACUCGCUCUGUGAAGUGUCCGUCAGCCCCGAGGGGGUCAUAAAGCAGAGGAGGCUUCCCGAUCAGUUCUCAAAACUCGCAGACAGGAUUCAACUCAAUGGACGGUAUUACCUGAAAAACAAUAUGGAGACGGAGACGCUAUGCUCAGAUGAGGAUGCUCAAGAGUUACUGAGAGAGAGCCAAAUUUCCCUCCUGCAGCUGAGCACCAUUGAGGUUGCCACGCAGCUCUCCAUGAGGGACUUUGAAUUAUUUCGGAAUAUUGAGCCUACAGAAUACAUUGACGACCUUUAUAAGCUGGACUCCAAAACAGGAAACGCUCGCCUAAAACAGUUUGAGGAUGUCAUAAAUCAAGAGACGUUCUGGGUUGCCAUGGAAAUUUUAGCAGAGCCCAACCAACUCAAAAGAAUGAAGAUUAUUAAGCAUUUCAUUAAAAUUGCCCUCCACUGUCGAGAAUGCAAGAAUUUCAAUUCCAUGUUUGCGGUUAUAAGUGGGUUAAAUCUAGCGCCAGUAGCACGUCUCAGAGGUACUUGGGAAAAGCUACCAAACAAGUAUGAAAAACACCUCAGAGACCUUCAAGAUCUUUUUGAUCCAUCUAGAAACAUGGCAAAGUACCGCAACAUCCUUAGCAGUCAGAGCAUGCAGCCUCCAAUUAUUCCACUCUUUCCUGUUGUCAAGAAGGAUAUUACAUUUCUACAUGAAGGGAAUGAUUCAAAAGUGGACGGCCUGGUAAAUUUUGAGAAACUCCGAAUGAUUGCCAAGGAAAUCCGGCAAGUCAUCAGGAUGACCUCGGCGAACAUGGAUCCGGCUGUGAUGUUCAGACAAAGGAAGAAGAGGUGGAGAAGUUUGGGGUCUCUGAGCCAGGGCAGUACGAACUCAAACAUGCUCGAUGUACAGGGAGGCGCCCACAAGAAACGUGCCCGACGCAGCUCGCUUCUGAAUGCCAAGAAACUGUAUGAGGAUGCCCAGAUGGCCAGGAAGGUGAAGCAGUACUUGUCCAACCUGAAUGUGGAAACAGAUGAAGAAAAGAUCCAAAUACUGUCACUUCAGUGCGAGCCUGCAUAUAGCACUUUGACAAAGAAUUUAAGUGAGAGAAGAGGGACGAAAUCCUCAGAAAUGUCUCCGGUACCUAUGAGAUCAAUUGGCCAAGCCACUAAAGCCCAUCAGCAUCAACAAAACAGAAUGAGUCAAGUUCUUCAGGUUCCGUCUGUAAAUUUAUACCCCAGCAGGAAAAAGGGACUGACGAAGGAGCAUGUCACAUUCAGUACAGGCUCCCCACAGAAGUCAUUAAGUUUGUCUGAGGAAGUAAGUACUAAGAAACAAACAGAUGACACUAUGUCUAUGGCAUCUUCUUUGCACUCCAGCCCACCUGCUUCUCCUCAGGGCUCUCCCCGCAAAGUUGGUAACAUCCAGAGGUCUGAUAACUGCAGUCAGAUGAAUCUGUCUGGGUCUUCCUCAUCACUUGCCAGUGAAGCCAGCAACAAGAACAGUGGACAACGCAGCUAUGGAAUAGGCUAUGCCCUCAUACCUUCCACUAAAUCCGACAACUUCUCGGAUUCGAGUCACAGCGAGAUUUCCUCCCGCUCCAGCAUAGUGAGCAACUGCUCGGCAGACUCCAUGUCCGCGGCGCUGCAGGAUGAGCGGAGCUUGCCCCAGUCCCUCAUCGUCGUGGACUCGCUGGGGGCAGAGAGGAAGGAGCAUCCGCAGCCAUUAGCCGAUUACGCCCAGCCUUGCCCAGGCUGGUCGCUCAGUAGGCCUGCUCUCAUCAGAGGGAUGGCUUUCACAUCGUCCAUGAGCAGCGAGGAGAUCUCCCACGAACACAUCAUGGUCGAGGCGGCAGACAGCGGCCGGGGAAGCUGGACUUCGUGCUCAAGUAGUUCUCACGAUAACUUCCAGAAUAUCCCAAACCAGAAGAGCUGGGAUCUCCUCAAUUCUUACCGUCACACCCAGCUGGACGGACCUAUAGCUGAAGUUGAUCCCACAAAUUGUUGCUCUGAGGAGGCUUAUUUAUAUUCUGAACCCUUUUCCAAAAAUAACAGGCAGUCGAAAGCCAGCCUGGAAGUGGAUCAGUCUCGGCAGAGCUGGGCCUCCUCGAGCUCCCUCUCAGACACGUACGAGACAAACUAUGGGACGAUUAAGCGGAGGGGGCUGGAGAACUCUACAGCGGAGCAGACUGAGGUUUUGGACUCUAAACCAGGCACCGAUACAACUUACAAAACUGUUACUUCGAGUACAGAAAAAGGCCUGAUAGUGUACUGUGUCACCUCACCUAAGAAGGACGAUAGGUAUAGGGAGCCACCGCCCACCCCUCCGGGAUAUAUGGGGAUUUCUUUAGCGGACAUAAAGGAAGGAUCGCCCCAUCACCCACACCUAAAACCUCCAGACUAUAGUGUGGCAGUGCAGAGGUCAAAGAUGCUGCACAGUGACCUCUCUAGACUUUCAUCAGCUUCUCUCGGUAGUGACUCGAUGGCCUGUAUUUCCUCGAAGAUGCCUCAGUGGCAUAGUCGGCAGCCGUCCGGCCCCAAGCUAGCAGAUAUGACUGACGCAGAUAGUGAAGAGGAUGAAGAUGAACAAGUAUCAGCAGUGUAACCGUUGGGCUCUCCGUGUAAACCACUUCCAAACCCACGGGACGUGGGAAGAAGGACCACAUGAUUCUGUUAGCUAACGCUAACAACUUGCUGCUACUAACCUCAGACGUUGGGUUUGCCUCUGCCAUGGACAGGAUGCAACUGGUUGGAUCAUACAGCUCUACCUUGCUUCAGCCUGCCACAGCCGAAGGAAAGUGUCCCUUGCCUGUGAAAUGGGCAGCCGUUUUCAAGGAGCGGACGGACUAGGUGGGUACUGAAACCAGUAUCACAAGAUGGACCAGUCUUCAUGCUUUUGGGAGGGCCAGUCGUCAAGACCACUUGAAGCUUGGAAGCUUUCUUCUGUAUGAUACCAUAUAAUCCUUUGGUAGUUUUCCAUCAUCGUUAUUUUCUACAUUAUAAAUCUAAGAGUGUUAUUUUAUGAACUCAAAAAAAAAAUAAUUCAAAACGUCAGCAAAACUGAAGGACACUGCUGCAGUAUCUAAAAGUAAUUUAUUAAUUUAAAAAUGUUUUUGAUGGGAAUUUCCUUUAUUUGUGUCGGGAGUGCUCUGGUUGGCUAAUGUGCAUUUAAUCCAUGUGAGAGUUAGCUACAUGUGAACCAUUGUGCUCAAAAUAACCGCGGAGAGCUGGGGGCCCAUGCAAUGGGAUGUUAUCGGGUGCAGAAAUGCUUGGAGUUUAGGGCAUUCUGGGGGGUUAAAUACUGAACAGAGGAAGAAGUCUUGCACAGCGCGUCCGCAUUGGGCGCGGAGGCACUGCCACCGGCCGGUCCUCUCUCCAGAGAGCAAAACCGGACCGCACGACCCUUCCCGGCGACGCUGGCCCUUGCCCCCCGCACCGAGGGAGCCUCGGGUCCGGGAAGCUGGGUGCAGCAGGAGCUGCUGGCUCAGUUUGAAGCUGCCUCCAAAGAGCUUCAACCAAAUUUUCUCCGCGGAGUUCAGCGUGCAAAGCAUGUUGCUAGAAACCAAAACUAAAUUGCGCGUUGUGGGUUUUAAGAUCAUCCCACGCAAUCUGGCCUUUCACCAGAGUUAACCCAGGAUUUAGGUGCAAAGCUUAACUAAAAUUUAAAGUCAUCGCCUCCUUUGCACAGGAGACUUUAUGAAACUGAGCAUUGAAUGACAUAAUAUUCAUGUAUAUAAUACAGUGUAUGAGCAAGUCCCCAAACCAGUUGUGCUCAUCUGGAGAACACAGAUGGCCUCAAGGCAUUUUAGUUUCAAAUCUUAGGUUAAAAUCCUGGUGUUGCUGAUGUCAAUGGAAGUUUCGACUUAGAGUCAGUAUUAACAUGCGAUAGUGUAGUCUGAUAGCGUCAAGUAAGUUGCUUCUUUGAUUUUCCCUAGCCAACCAGAGUGCACAGGGGUAGAACUGGAAAUACCUGCGUUUUCUUUCUUUCUUCUAGCACAUGAUGCCCCAUUCUGGUGUUAAAAUUGGACAUGAAUGUGUGAAUAUGUAUUUAAACAUUUAAUUGUAAAUCUUUGUUGUGAUGUUUACAGCCUAAGCUAGAAAGAAGAUGUUUGUCCUUUUUACAGUGCCUCAAAAAUUAUUUCUACAUCCUAAGUUGUGAAGAGCUUUAAGAUUUCUUUUUGUAUGUGUGCGUGGGGUGCAAGGUGAAUGCAGCGUUUUCUGCAAAUGCCACAAGUACCAAAAACAACCCAAGGCCUUUGAUGUGCUUUCCCCAUAUCGACUUGGGACCGAUACUAACAGGUGACUGUGUGUGACCAAGCCUGCGUUUGCGUUCGUGACUGUGCCGGGUUCGAUACUACCUUGAAGCCGAACUUGCCCUGUAGAGAUUGUUGCUCUGAAGUCCUGAAUCGGCUGUGAACUGCAACGCUGAGAGAGGGGUGCCUAAUUCAUCAUUAAUGAGUUGGCUGUGUUAAUUUUUGGCACAAGCAUCUGAGGAGCAAAUGGUUAAAAAUCAUGUUAAAAAGCAGUUGAGGUAUUUCAUAAUAAAGGUGUUUUGCUUUCUUAAGGCCUUAAUGAAUAUAAUGAACUUGCACAGGCCUUAAUGAAUAAAGAUUAAUAUAAGUGUCAAAACAAUGCAGGGCAGAGCAAUUGUUUUCAGCACAUGUAAUGUUGAUAUUAUAACUGUUAAACUGAUAUUUUGUGGGAUGUAAAUCAGAAGCUCGAGCAAUCCCACGGUACGCUGCUGCUUAACUUGGAAGUGCGGUGCACAACGUGCUUCACGUUUCAUCCGAAAAUCAUGUGUUUCGUGCCAGGUAAAUUAAACCAUAACCUUUCCGUGCCCUUGGAUAUCGAAUCGCAGUUGAUUUCAGCCUCUUGAACAAAAGCAGAAGGAUGCAGGGCUCUUGCUGGAGCGGCUGCCUCUCCUGCCGCGAGCCUGGGAGCCGUUCCUGCCCUGGUGUUUGCACGUCAACAGCAUCGGUCUGUCCCGCAGUGCUUUUCAGGACACUGAAAAGUCUUUUAAAGUGAGUGAAAGUCCUGCUAAUCAUAUUUUCCUAAUAUCCAAUACAGCUAGUGUAAAUAAAUCAUGCAUCAACUAGUGACAGCCGAGCUGCGACUUCUGCUUCUCCGGACCCGCGCGGUGUGGCUUGCCUCUGCUCGUCCUCGCUGGGGUUUUUUGUUUGUUUUAUUUUUUAAAUCAACCGAUCACAUUGAUCGGGGCCCGUAGCCAAAUGUAGUGUGUCUGGUAUGGAUUUGAAGAGACAUUAUCCCUUUUUUCAGUAAUUACAAGGGGAGUGAGACUGUGGUUAGUACUUGUUAUACACCGCUUUAUUGAAGUGAUGUCUUCUGGAUCACGGUUUCCUUAAUUAGUAUCUGCGCCGGGUUUCUUUAAUUUCCCUCCCCUUUCCUCAUCUGACUUCUGAUGAACAAUUAAAAUGCCUAAUGGGAUGUUCUUCCACUGCCGUACCUUAAUUUGCUUGUUUUUCUACUGUUCGUUUGCUCAUGCCUCGUUGUGGGUGAAAGAGCUGUUUAAGCUAUUCGUGAUUUAAGCAUACAGUAUUUCACCGUGCUAUUUAAAUCUUAAUCUUCCGAGUAAUUCGCAGAGAAGGAGUGCCAUCCUCUGAGCUUAAUUGGCCUCUCCAGUUGCAGAGAAGGGAAAACGGAGUCUGAGCACUGGUUUCGCUGCCCGUAUGUACAAUAUAAAGGAAAGGAAACUUCUGCUUUCUUUGAGAUGUGUACGUGUGAGAAGGGCUGGAUGCCUGCUCGUGGCUGCCAACGCGAUGCUGCCUUUGGCUCAUUAGUUUUGUCCUUCUUGGCAUAAGCGGUGCCGUCGCGGUCAGCAGCGCUGAAGUAGGAGACGAAAGACGUUGUCUUUUUUUAAAAGAUAUACUUACCACAGCCUUCCCCCAAAACAGAAGAAAAAAGGGAUACUCUCUCUCCAGAAAAGCUUUACACAUUAUAUUUUAGAGCGCUUGUACAGAGGGUAAUCUACCUGGGGUUCCCAGUUCAGCUUUUGCUUUUGUUGUGCUUUUUAUCGUUUUAUCUUUAUUUUUGAUAUCCCUGGAAUGCAGUUUAGCUUGGUAUUAAUUAAAUUCUAAAUGUGUGAGCAUAUUGGCGAAACUGCACAGAUGUAAUGAUAUUCCAAUAGCAAUUGUACUGCACAAGUCAGUGAUUGUAAAGUAUUCUGUAACAAGCAAUGUUUGUCUCCUAUUUUUUGAUACCUCUUACACUUAUGUCUUUUAGAAAGACAGUGCCUCUGUAUGCUUUUUGUAUUUUUACUGAGUGAUUGUAAAUAUUUGUUAUAUUUUGGUUAAGAGAAUGUUUAAAAGUACUGUUUAUUAUCCAAUCUAUUAAUAUGUUGGAAUCAAUAAACAAUCUACAUACGUUG